UACACCGUACGGGCUAAUGUUUGGAAUUUCAUUAUAGAAUUCCGUUUGUAAAGUGUACCUACUUUUUAGCAGAAAGGCAAAUGCCAUGUACCUAUCAAGAUUUACAAAUUAAUAAAAAUUAACGUUAAUUCUUAUUUAAGCAUUAUAUGCUAAAUAAUAUUGAAUUUUUUUGUUAUUGUCGGUUUCCUUUCAUUUUUUUUAUAUUUGGUAUGUAGAUAUCGAGCCUAUGUAUUUUAAUGAUUAAACAUUUUCAUUUAAUUUAAUCGUAUCCUCAAAUUGUUACAACCAAGUUGUGAAAAGUGAAACGUGACUUUGAUAUUUGGCAUUUUAAACUCAUGUGAAUUAUAGCUUAGAACGCAUUUUUACUGUAAUAUUACAGAAAACAAGUACAAUGUCAGAGCCUAAUAAACUUACUCGGGACAGUGAUGAGCUUUAUGAUGCAUUAGAUGAACUGAUUGGCUCAGUCAAUGCUCAAGAAAAAGAGAAAGAAACUGAAAAAAAUAAUGAUUGCAAUGGAACACAAAACAAUAACAAAGAAUAUAAUGGAAUAUCUAGUCCUGAAAUCAGUAAAGAUGAGCAAGAACAUAAUCUCAAAGUAUUGUCUGAUAUGAUGGAUUCAUUUGAUGCCCAAAAUAAGCAAUUAGAAGAUGAAAAAGUUGACAAUGAUAACAGUUAUAAUGAAAGUAAAGAUAGUCAAAAUAACUCUGAAGAUGGUAAAGAAGAGCUAGAGUUAUCUGAAAUGAUUGUUUGUGAUGAAGUAGCUUGUGAUAGUGAUGAUGAAGACAAUAAAAUAGAAACUGACAGAAGUGAAUCAAAUUAUAAAGACAAAAAUGAAAAAGAUAGCAAAAAACUAAAAAAAGAUAAAGAUAGUAAUAAGAAGAAAUCUGAUAAAAAAACAGAUUCUAAAUCAAAAGAACGCUCAAGAAAAGAAGAAUCUAGAAAAAGUGACAAGAAACGGUCACGAACCCCGAGUAAAGAUAGGUCCAGCAAAGACAACUCAAAAAAGAGACCAAAAAGUAAUGAUAAAGAAAAAGAAUCGAAAAAACUUAGAGAACUCGAUAAAUUUUGGCAGACAGUACGUGAUGAUCCAUCUGACUUUAUUGGUUGGACAUACUUAUUGCAAUAUGUCGAUGGAGCAAAAAAUAUUGAAGCAGCUCGUGAAGCUUAUGAUGCGUUUUUAAAUUUAUAUCCCUACUGUUAUGGUUAUUGGAGAAAAUAUGCAGAUUAUGAAAGAAAGAAUGGAACAAAAGAGAAUUGUGAAAAAGUAUUUGACCGUGGAUUGAAAGCAAUACCUUUGAGUGUUGACUUGUGGAUUCACUAUAUGGGUUAUAUGAAAUCUGCUUAUCCGGAUGAUCAAGACAUGAUAAGAGAACAGUUUGAAAGAGCAAUAGAAUCAUGUGGAAUUGAGUUUCGAUCGGAUCGUUUGUGGGACCAUUACAUAAAAUUUGAAAUGGAAUGUAAGCAAUACUCAAAGGUGACUAGUAUUUAUGAUCGCCUUAUUGCCACCCCUACUCAUGGAUAUUUAAAUAAUUUUGAAAAUUUUAAAGAUUUUAUUAAGAAGUAUCCAAAAAAUAAAAUCUUGGAGACUGGUAAAUUUUUAGAACUAAGGAAAGAAGUGUUAGUUGAAAUUAAAGAAGCUGAUGCAAAAAAGAAUAAAAAAAUGGAUUCUGGUUCAGAUUCAGAUGACAUGGCUGAUCCCAUGGAGCAGAGAACAAAAGAAGAAAACAUGAUGAAAGAAAGAAUGAUAUCUGCACGAAUACCGGUAAACAAGUCUACAGCAGAAAUGGUUGCGCUGAGAUUGCCUUAUGAAGAAAUGAUAAAACGACCAUAUUUUCAUGUUAAACCUUUGGAGAGAUCACAGAUAAGGAACUGGAAAGAAUAUCUAGAUUUUGAAAUUGGACAAGGGUGUUAUAAGCGCAUAAUAGUGCUAUUUGAAAGAUGUUUAAUAGCUUGUGCACUCUAUGAAGAGUUUUGGACUAAAUAUGUGAGUUACUUAGAAAGCUUAGAAUCUGAUGACCAAGAGCUCAAAAAUCGAAUCGAAGAUGUAUAUAUUAGAGCCUGUAUGGUGCAUCAUAAAAACAAACCGGGGAUUAAUUUAUCUUGGGCACUUCAUUUAGAAAACAAUGGUAAUUAUAACAAAGCUGCUCAAAUUUUGGAUAUGCUUGAUAGUAUUGCUCCCCACAAAAUGAUGAUAAUUCAAAGAAGGAUUAACUUGGAAAGAAGAAGAGGUUGUAAUGAAAGAGUAUGCGAACUGUAUGAACAUUAUGUCGGCACAGCAGACUCGUCGUUAACUUCAGUUUUGUUAACUGUUAAGUACGCUCGAUUCGUUUGGAAAAUACAAGGUGAUAUUCAUCGAGCUUCUGAAAUUUUAUGGGCUGAAGUAAAAAAACUUCAAAAUGUACAAAAAAGUAGUCGUCUACUAUUGCAACUAAUUGAAAUCAAAAUGAAUGACGAUCCAAUGGACAUAAAUGCUGUAGUUGAACUUAUCGAUAAAAUAUUAAACAUGAAAUCUAUUGAAGUUGAACAGCAAGUGGUUUAUGCUCAACGUAAAGUAGAAUACCUAGAGGAGUUUGGCAAAGAUAUAUUUUUAAUAAACAAAGCUAUUUCUGAGCUAAAAGGCUACUUACAAAUAUAUGGUGAAAUUGAAAAAAAAUCUAUUGAAGAUGCUACUGAAAGUAAAAUAGCAUAGUUUGUGUUAAUAAUUGUACUAUUUUUUUUAAUGUAAAUAAAAUAAUAUGUUUAGGCAACAUUUUAAUAUUGAUGCAUUUAA